AUGUUGACUAAAAUUAGUCUUAAUCAGUCACAUCCGGUUGUGAAUGGCAGUUUCCACAAAAUCACUGGUACUCAAAGUUUUACACCGAAAUUCCCGUUCAAAUAUUUUGAUACUGAAGUCAAAAAUUUUGAUUUUUACUCUACUGGUUUAGUGACUGUAAUCAAAGAAAGGUACUUCGGAUUGAUUGUGGGUCACCAAUCACGCGAUUACAAUUCUGAAUAUGAGGUUUUGGAUAGCAAGGAAUUACUUGCUGCUAAAUGGUCUGUCAAAAGUGAAGAGGAGGAUGGUACACGUUCCUAG